AUGUUGUCGAAGGUGACGAAAAAGAAGCGGCUGAAAGUAUCGGGAAAGGGAAGGGAUUCGCUGAUGAAAGAGGACGGCGACAUCAACAAACGUUUGAAAGAUUAUUUAUCUUUGCUCCCUGACGUAUUGGCCAAUGAUGAAAAUCAAUUGCUAGAGUUGCCCGAGAUGCUAUUGAGCGAUGCUGAAUGGUGCGAGAUAAAUGUCAGCUCUAAAACCCUUGGCAUUGAAUCAAAAGAUGAUCUAUUAAAUUCGAUAGUUCCUCGUAAGCAAUGGGUUGCUGGAUUGUCAGUAAACUCAGAUAGAACAGAAUUGGAAAAUAAAAAUGCAAAUAACUCCACUUUAGCCAAAUCUAUCAAGUCUCUCUCAUCGUGUAAAAAGAAUAAAAGCAAACUGUUUGACAAUAUAACCGAUACGUUUACCAAUUCUAAUAUUUUAAGCGUACGUGAAUUAAGCGAUGUCAAUAGUCAGAAGCGUUUUGAAUUAUCCAGUUGGGGAUUGCCACCGUCGAUUCUCCAGAAAUAUCAAGCUAGAGGAAUUAACACAAUGUUCUUAUGGCAAGUAGAAUGCUUAGCUAAUUAUAAAAUUUUGGAAGAAAAUAAAAAUCUUGUUUAUUCUGCGCCAACCUCUGCUGGAAAAACACUAGUAUCUGAAUUUCUUAUUCUGAAGACAGUCCUGGAGCGUCGCAAAAAGGCCAUCUUCAUUCUACCAUUUGUCUCCGUCGUUAGAGAAAAAAUGUUUUAUUUUCAAGAUUUACUCUGUGACAGUGGAGUAAGAGUGGAGGGUUUUAUGGGUGGUGUAGCACCAGUGGGUGGUUUUUCAGCCGUACAUAUUGCUAUAGCCACCAUUGAAAAAGCCAAUUCGCUCGUUAAUCGUUUAAUGGAAAACGGAGAUUUAAAGACAUUAGGAGUUGUUGUUAUCGAUGAAUUGCAUCUUAUUGGCGAUCCAAAUAGAGGAUAUUUAUUAGAAUUACUUUUAACUAAAUUGCGUUAUAUGAGUUUAAGCAUAGAGCAUGUAAACAUUCAAUUGAUCGGUAUGUCUGCGACCCUUCCAAAUUUGCCAAUAAUAGCUGAGUGGUUAGACGCUGAACUUUAUAAGACUGAUUUUAGACCGAUACCGCUCAACGAACAAUGCAAAAUCGAUAAAUCCAUUUUUGAUUGUAAGUUAAAUUUUAUCAGAGAGCUCGAAGCUGCUCCAGAUAUAGUCAACGAUAUUGACAACAUCGUUCAGCUGUGCAUUGAAACUAUAAGCGGUGGUCAUGGAAUACUUAUAUUCUGCGCAGCAAAAUCUUGGUGUGAAAAAUUAGCCACACAAAUAGCUUUUGCGUUCUUUCAAUUAGGACGCGAUAAUACGUAUCACGGUCAAAUUUUGAGGAAGAUGAUGGACGCCGUAGCUCUUCAAGAGGUAUUAAUUCAACUCGCGCACUGUCCAAUUGGAUUGGACAGUAUUUUAGAAAAGACCGUGUCUUUCGGUGUUGCCUUUCAUCAUGCUGGCUUGACGAUGGACGAACGUGACAUUAUCGAAGGUGGAUUUAGGCUAGGCUCUCUAAAAGUUCUCGUAGCAACGUCAACUCUCAGCAGCGGUGUAAAUCUUCCAGCCAGAAGAGUAAUAGUACGCUCGCUAAAAUUCAAUGGUAAUCUUUUGGAUAAAUUAACGUAUCAGCAAAUGAUUGGUCGAGCGGGUCGCAUGGGGAAGGACACAGCAGGUGAAAGCAUCCUUAUAUGCCAACCGAACGAGCGUGCCUCGGCCUUGAAUUUAAUGGCAUCGUCGUUAGAGCCCAUAUUGUCUUGUUUAGAGAGCUCGGCCCCUCUAAUUCGCGCUCUACUCGAAGCUGUCGCCAGUGAGAUUGUGCGCACACCAAAGGAUCUUGACUUUUACUGUAAAUGCACCUUCGUUUAUAAAUGCGAAGGCGCUGUGGUGACGACAAUGGUGCAGGAAGCCGUGCAAUUUUUAAUUGCAAACGAAUUUUUACUGCAAGAGGAGAGGCUGGUGGCAACCUGCUUGGGCAAGGCUUGCUUGUCGGCUUCGAUACCACCUUGGGAUGGCCUCUUCCUCUUCGAGGAGCUCCAACGCGCGAGGAAGUGUCUCGUCCUCGACACAGAGUUGCACGUCGUCUACUUGGUAACACCGUUCAGCGCUGGCAGUCAAAUCAGCCAGAUCGACUGGAUGGGCUUCAUGGAGCUGUGGAAGACGCUGCCGGAGAGUGAGCGCCGCGUCGGGAAAUUGGUCGGCGUCGAGGAGAGAUUCUUAAUGAGCGCUUUGCGCGGAAUCAUCAAGCCCGGAAAACUCUUAAACAUUCACCGAAGAUUCUACACGGCGUUGGCCUUACACGACUUAGUGCGCGAAGUGCCGCUGAAUACCGUUUGCAGAAAGUACAACUGCUGCCGCGGUUUAUUGCAAAGUUUGCAGCAAUCUUCAUCGACUUUCGCAGGCAUGGUGACUAAUUUUUGCAAGGAGCUCAAGUGGGACUGCAUGGAGCUGCUUUUUGCCCAGUUCCAAGCUCGGCUACAAUUCGGCGUAUGCAGGGAUCUCCUGGACCUCCUCCGGCUGCCCAGUCUUAAUGGGUUACGCGCUCGGAGUCUCUUCAAAUACGGGAUAACGAGUGUUGCGGAGCUUGCGAUCGCGAGUACACUUAAUGUCGAGGAGGCACUAAACAAAGCUUUGCCCUUCGAAAGCGAAAAGAACUUUGACGGGGAGAAGAUGACUGAAAUUGUACAAAGAACGAAAAUGCGAACGGUUUUUAUUACUGGAAAGGAUGGUCUGACGGCGCGCGAAGCUGCACAAAUUGUCGUAAACGAAGCUCGCGUUUUAGUACAGAAUGAACUCGGCGUGCGCGAUGUACAAUGGAGCCAAAUCGAUAACGCCAGCCAAGCGAGUCCACGCUCGAAUUGCGUCGAUUCGACUAAUUUAACGACACCGAAUAUGAUGAAUGGGCCUCGUUCUUCGCAAAUGGCGUACGUCGAGGUGCAUGCUGUGGCAGACGAGGCAAAGGAUAAAAAACGGCUCGAUAACGAACGUACGGAUAUUGCGGUGAAUGAUAGUGGCGCCGCCGAUAUGGAAAAUAUCUGUCGGGGCAAGAAGCGUCUUUCGAAAAGUAGCGAUAGUCUUUUUGCGUUGUCGGGAAGGUCGAUAAAUGACGUCGACAGAAUGCAAAUGUAUUCGGAUGAAAAUUUAAGUGCCGGCGACAGUCGAUCGCGCUUUGCCAAAUUCAGUAAAUUGCUGCCCGAGUCUUGUGGGGAGUCGAGAAACGAUAGGGGGGAUCGUCAUCAAAUGCUUUCUGAAAUGCUCGUUGAGAAGACAAGCUCGGGGAUAAUUAUGGAGAGUACCAAUGACGAUGGUAAAGAGGUAUCGAAGAAUAGCGAAGUUUCAUUGAUGUUCUCGGAAGAUUUGAGCAACGAGACCGCUGCAUGUAAAUUAAUCGAUGAAACGAAUGAUAGCGGAUUAGUCGCGAAGGCAAUUGAUAAAAGUAACGAUGAUCCUUCCGCAUCGUUCGACGAUGUGAUUAAUGAAAGCGACAAACCGGAAAUAGCCUCGAGAAUGCUGAAAUCUAAGCUACUCGAGAAGACAAAAAGUUUGCUAAAAGAGGGCCAAAUUACAAUACGAUCGAUAGACUUCCAAGAUAGAAUGGAUAUUAUUACGGCAAUGAAAUCUAUUGAAAAUCCAACUGAAUCCGAAGCAAAGAAAUCACUUGGAGUUAGCGAUCGCGUUCUUGACGAUAUUACGAGUAAUGCACCGAUGAAUGAAGAUAAAGGCAUUAUUUCUGUAGCUGCGCCAAUGUCCGAGACAAAAGUAACCAGAAAAGAAACGAGAAUAUCUGCCGUGUCAUCGAAUAACUCGAGUCCCAGUCUAUUUAGCGACAGUUCCUUUUUCGAUCCGCAGAUGUGUAGUAUUUUGGAAAAGAAUGUGAUCGAUUCGGAAUUUUUAGCCGAUUUUGAAAAAAGCAACUUCGCUUCACAGAAUGUCGCAUCCAAUGAGACUGAAACUUGUAAAAGGAUUACACGCAGCGGUGGCUCCAUUGGUAAUAAAAAACAAAGUGUCGGCUCAAAUAAAGCAGCUACUCCUCGGGAUGUGUCGGUUGAUCCGAUCAGGGAGCAAAACAAUUGUAAUGACGCUCGGGCCGAAGAUCUUUCUACGCCUCGUAAUAAUAGAGAAACGAGCAAUAAUACGAUGAAAAAUGCCAAGCAAAUUAGCGAUCAAUUGACGUGGAUCGAAGAUUCCUGGGAUCAAAUAAAAAAUCAGCGACCCAUUCAAGAUAAGUACGAAAUGGCAAAGAAAAAUAAUAAAAACGAGGAGAAUUCCGAUUCGGGAAGUCCGUCCCUUUUAAACAAGACGAAUGCGCGUGGACACUUAAGACAGCUGAUUUCCAGUCAAAUUGCCCUUAGGACAAUACAAGCCAAGACUACGAAGGACAAAAGCCCGGAUGUGACGGCGAAGGACACGCCCAAGUAUAUUGUUCGAAAGCGAGCCUACGACAGGAACAAUAGCGACGAUUCGCCAAUAGCGAGUGUCAGGACGUACAAUACUCGCAGGCCCUUUAUGCCUCACAGUUUAAAUAAAUCCGACUCGGAGGACUCGGUCAUUAAUUCACAGAAGAUGAAGCCAGAUGAAACGAAUUUUAACAAAACUCGAAUGAGAAUCGAGAGGAAACUCGGUAAGUCAUUGAAAUCGAAGCAAAUUGGUAGUUCCAAGGCUCUCGGCUCUUCGCGAGAGCUACUGAAGCAGAAUGUCGAGCCCUUGUCGAGGUGUGCGCAGUCAAAUGGCAACGACACCAAUUGUACCGACAGCCGUUUGAUGUUCGAGUCGGAUGACGUAGUCAAGUCGCAAGGAAAAAUGCCGCGAAAGAUUAAGGAGAUAUCGAUGAAAGAUAAGAUGCCACUUUUGAAUGACAAUAAUCAUGCGAAUGCGUAUAAUGACAAAAUAAGCCUGAAGGCGACGGAGCCGGUGAACGUGGCUAAUUCGAGACGAGCAUUUCGCUUAUUUCGAAGUAACAUCGAAGGCUCCUCGACGAAUGAACAAAAACACAACUUGGCGGUGGCGAUUGUUACGGAGAUGUGCGCUAGAGAGCCGGUAGUUGCGAUUGGUAACAGGAUCAUCGGUAUCGAGGAAAGGAGGAAGGAUAGAAAAGCGGAUGCGUACAUUUACAGGGAUAAGAAAAUUUACGGAAUUGUAAUAUCCUGGGGUGCUGGCAAUACAUAUUAUAUGCCAUUUGGUAAUACACAAGAUACGAAAAUAACCAUAAAGGAAAGGAUCAACUUCUUGCGCGAUAUUUUAACGAAUCCAUCGCGCACUUUGCACUGCUUCGAUGCAAAAGAGGUCUACAAGAUGCUUUACGUGCGCUAUGAGAUUGAAUUUCGCUGUAGAUUCUGCGAUCCGAAUGUCGCAGACUGGAUAAUUAAUUCAGAGUCCUGGCACAAAAGCUACAGUGAAUUGGUAAUAAAAAAAACUUACCGAGAUAAAAGAAAUCUGAAAACAAAAGCGCAAUACUUUCCAGAUAGUCUGGAUAUUACUAAUGCUUUGGAUAACUCGUUUGGUACGAACUUUCUGGUAUCGAGUGCACGAGCAGCUGCUAAAGCUGUGCUUGCUUGGUACAUGACAGAAGCGGUUUUGAAUGCUAUUAAGAACCAGAAUCCAUCGUUAUUGUCAUUAUAUAGAGAGGUUGAAAUGCCCACGAUCAUUAUUCUUGCAAAUAUGGAGUUAAGAGGUGUAGGGAUAAAUAUGAAUUCUUUGCAAGAGUUGUCUAUUGCAAUAAAGAACGAUUUGUCGCGUAUUGAAGAAAAAGCUUUCAAUCUUGCAGGGCGAAAAUUUAAUUUCCAUUCGUCCAAAGACGUUUCUCAAGUUCUCGGAUUAAGUAAAAAGGGACGAGGCUGUACGAAUAAGUUGGCUUUAAAAUCAUGUGAAAAUCCCAUUUCCAGCCUCAUAACGCUUUGGCGAAAACUCAAUACAGUUCAAACGAAAAUUAUAUUUCCGAUGCUGCAGGUGGAAACAAAAAAUAAUCGCGUUCACGGUAAUUGCAUCACUUACACGUCGACUGGUCGUGUUUCUAUGCACGAGCCAAAUCUGCAAACUAUCCCUCGAGAUUUUGAGUCAGAAAUAAGCAAUUGCGUACUUAGUUGUCGUAUGGCAUUUGUCCCAGAUACCGGUAAUGUGAUGCUGUCCGCGGACUUUUGCCAAUUAGAGCUUCGAAUUCUGGCUCAUUAUUCGCAAGAUCCUGUGCUUUGUAAACUUUUGCAUGAGAAGGGAGACAUUUUUAAAAGCAUCGCUGCUAGACUUAAUAAGACAAGCGAAAACAAGGUUAACGAUGAUAUGCGCCAGCGGGCGAAACAAUUGUGCUACGCGAUGAUUUAUGGAAUGGGUACAAAGUCGCUAGCCGAAACACUUUCCGUUACUGAGUCAGAAGCCAAAGAUUAUCUCGAGGCGUUCAUGGGUACAUACAAAGGAAUUCGAGUGUGGUUGAACGCCGUCUCCGUACAGGCACAAAAAGACGGUUUUGUGUCGACAUUGGCAAAUCGUCGGCGCAUUUUACCAGACAUCGCCAGUAAAAUACCUGCAAUCAAGUCGCAUGCGGAACGACAAGCGAUAAAUACGAAAGUACAGGGUUCGGCAGCUGACAUAACGAAGAAAGCUAUGGUGCUUAUAGAAAAUAAAUUAAGAGAUGAGUUUUCAUGCAACUUGCCAUUAACUUUAUCAACAACGCAAAGUACUCGAAAAUUACGAUACAGUGACACGGAACGAAGAGCUAGAAGUGCUCAUUUAGUGCUACAAAUACACGAUGAAUUGCUAUAUGAAGUGAGUCGGAGCGAUCUAGAUAAAGUAGCCAGUAUUAUUAAAGAAUCAAUGGAAAAUGCUUAUAAGUUGCGAGUACCGUUGCCGGUAAAAAUGAAAGUCGGUACUGCUUGGGGUAAUCUCAUGGAUUACGAAAAUUAAAAAAAUUUUACCAUCAUGUUUUUAAAGAUAAUAUAUAAUUAUUAAGGCUUAUAUUGCUACUUAAAUAGUAAUGGCAUUUGACAGUAUAGGAAAGUUUAUUUAAACUUUUGCAUAAAUAAGCUUACAUGCUCACCAUUA